AUGGUCGAUGAAGGGGGAAAUCCUUCAGAAAAAUCAUUCUUGCUCUUUUUCACCCUCCUGAUUGGUGACUUUUUUCGCUCUCUCGCUCCCUCCCAGCGUCUGUUUCGAAGUAUGUCUGGCUACGAUAAUCUACUGAAUCUUACUGGAAGCCACAUUAGAGGAUACCAGCUCUCUCGAUUGAUUGGCCAUGGAUCUUAUGGCGCUGUCUAUCAAGCGAUUAGCGGCUUGGAUACCAUUGCCAUGAAGGUGUCAAUGCAGGAAGAAGACCUGCUCAUCGAAGCAUCGGCUCUACAACUGUUAUACUACAGUAACAUUUCCCCGAGAUUCCAUUUCACUGGCAAAUAUGGUCCCUAUCACAUAAUCGGAAUGGAACUCCUUACUUACGACCUUGAAUUGAUUCGUGAAACGACACCAUGGAAGUCAUACAAACGUCCUACUUUGAUUAGAAUUGCUUAUCAAAUGAUGAAAUGCCUCCAGGCAUUACACGAAUUGCGAUUGGUUCAUAGGGAUGUGAAGUUAUCCAAUUUCGCCCUAACGCAACCCAAGACUCCGGGAAAUCAAGUGUCUGUAAAGAUCCUGGAUUUUGGAUUGAGCCACGUUUAUGCUGACGCAGAUGGAAAUCUCAGAGACGAUCCCAGAGAUUUUAACUUCUCGAAAAUGAAAUACUCAUCUUAUGAUGUUUCUUUGGGAUGCGACCCGGCGCCCAAAGACGAUGUUAUCCAAGCCAGCUACGCCAUCUUAUAUGCCAGCGGUUUUGAUUUCCGCCAAAAACUCAAAGCGCCUGAGGAAAUUCUGAUGAACUGGAAGCGGGAGUUGAUUCGGACCCCGCGCGACAUUCUGCCACUGAUGAUGAAGUUCAUGACUCCAUUUUUUGAAAUGGUUGGAGAACUCAAUGACAUCAUCCUGGUGAAUCAUGAUCUCCUCAAACAACGAAUCCAAGAGUGUUUGCCUGAGAUGAAUGCUUGUAGUGCUCUGAUUUUGACGGAGGAGGAUGGACAACCAGUACUCAUCUAA